AGGCGAGCGGAAGCUCUCUGUGUUUUCGUCCAAAGACUCCGGUAGAACGGUUGGCGCAGCUCACGGAGCUAACUCCUUGUGUACCCGGAUAGAAGCUCAUCACAGCGACCCCUUCCAGCUCCAGACCGUUGAAUAAACCGAACGGAACCGCGUUCAAGCAUGAACGAGUCGGAGGGGCUCCGGUUCCGACGGCUGCAACGUCCACGCGUCAUCACGGACGAUCUGCCGGAGCACCGCCACAAAGGAUCCGGCACCUACAGCGGAAAGGUUUUCCAGGUCACUCUGCUCUUCCUGGGCGGCUUUCUGCUUCUUCCUCUCCUGGUUAUCAUCUUCAUCCUGGAGUCUCCCAUCCAGCCGGAAGUCUUCAGACUGAAGGAGCCUCCGCUGAUGAAAGGCUGCUGGGAGCCGAACCUGAAGCUUAGAGAGGCCCAGAGACUCUUUGAAGACCAGAUCAUUGGACCAGAGUCCAUCGCCAACAUCGGAGAUGUUUUGUUUGCAGGAACAGCUGAUGGGAAAGUUGUGAAGCUGACUGGUCGAAGGAUGCACACGGUGACGAGACUCGGAAAACCGCCCUGUGGAUCCAGAGAGGAGGAGCCCAACUGUGGGAGGCCACUGGGGAUCAGAGUCGGACCCAACGGAACUCUGUUUGUAGCCGACGCCUACCUGGGUCUGUUUGAGGUCAACCCCACUACAGGCGAGGCAACCAGGUUGGUGUCAGGGGGCCAGCUGGUUGGCGGCAGGAAGCUGUCAUUCAUCAACGAUGUGGCGGUGACGCAGGAUGGGAAGAAGGUGUACUUCACUGACUCCAGCAGCAGGUGGCAGCGCAGAGAUUACCUGCACCUCAUCAUGGAGGCCACGGCCGACGGACGAGUGCUGGAGUACGACACUGAGAGCAAAGAGCUGACGGUGGUGAUGGAAAACCUUCGCUUCCCAAACGGCAUCCAGCUGCAGCCCGACGAGGAGUCGGUGCUGGUGGCAGAGACCACCAUGGCCCGGAUACGCAGGGUCCAUGUGGCUGGCCUCAAUAAAGGUGGGAUGGACACGUUCAUGGACAACCUGCCCGGCUUUCCUGACAACAUCCGCCCGAGCUCGACCGGAGGUUACUGGGUGGCCAUGUCUGUGGUGCGGCCAAACCCCGGCUUCUCCAUGCUGGACUUCCUGUCCCAGAGACCCUGGAUCAAGAAGCUCAUCUUCAAGCUCUUCAGUCAGGAGGUGCUGAUGAAGUUCGUCCCUCGCUACAGUUUGGUGGCUGAGCUCCAUGAUGGCGGCAUCUGCACCCGAAGCUUCCACGACCCCAACGGCCUGGUGGUGGCCUACAUCAGUGAGGCCCAUGAGCAUGAUGGGAGUCUGUACCUGGGGUCCUUCCGCUCACCGUACAUCGCCAAACUUGACCUGCACAAGGUGUAAAAUACUGAGGCACUGGACGGACGUACACGUGAGUUCCUGUGAGCACGACACAGCAACGUCAUGAUGUACCAGGAAGUGAACAAACCCUGACUUGGAUGGAGGACGCUUUUUUCUUGACAACUGUUUGAUAUUUUACCGUUAAAUUACACAUUCACAGUCUCCAGAGGAUGAAUCCUGACUCGGUGACUUGUCCUGGUGGCUCAGAAUCACAUCGGUGUGAUGGUUGUUUUAGGUUGUUUUACACGUCAUACCCUGUUUUCAGGCUGGGUGUCGAACUUUAACAUGCGUUUGCUACCGACUUAUCAUAAACUCCUGGAAGCUGACUUUAAGCAUCCAAUUGAUUAGGCUGCGACUAACGAGCACUUUCAGUCUGGAUCGUCCAUAAGCUCAUAUAUUCAUCUUAUUAACAUGUACGACAAAGAAAAACAGCACAUUGUUACAUCUGACGUUUGGCAUUUUGCUUAAGAAAUGACUACAGUGAUACUUUGAUAAUCAGAAUAGAUCGGUUCCUGAUUGAAACCAGUUUUCCAACGAUACCCAGCCUGAAUCGUACGUACUGGUGAAAAACUGACUGGUUCACUAGUUGGUUGGCGUAGUGGCUAGUUAGCUUGCCAGUUAUUGUGUUUCGUUGUUGUUGUUGUUGUUUUGGGGGCCGGUUGCUGUUUCUUUUGAAAACCUCCUACUUAGGCAACAUUAUUGAGGCAGUUUCCACCUAAUUUUGUGUCAUGUUUGCUAGCCUGAGCCAACAAGUGUGCACUGUGUUUAAAAAACAAAAGCAAAUGUUUUUAAAGUUUUGGAAAUGUGAGGAUAAGUGUCAUAUGAAAGUGCACCUCGUUUCCAGCUUGUUGCUUCUUUUUGGACCAGUGAAGAUGUGUAACAGCGUUGUGACGGUGCCUUUCCCGCCCCUUGCUGCUGCAAAAACUGCUAAUACAUCCGAGUUUCAUUACUUUGAACGACACCUUUAGCACCUGUAAGACGUCCAUGUUUGUUUAGACACCAGACACGCCAGGUCUGAAUCAUGGCUGCACCCUGGAUGCUGCUGAAAACAUCAGUAUUCUUCUGCUAACAUGCUAAAUGUUACUUAUGCAACAUGCAGGUCAGUGUAAACUGCAUCUUGCCUGAGAUUGUUGCUCAUUAACUGCACUGUUAAUUAAAACUGUACAACAUUGUAAUGUCGAAUAGCAAAAGAAACAAUUAUUGUGAAAACUUCUUUUUCUGGACUCGCACACUGAUCACGGUGAGGACACCGCAUUCACUGGUGCUGCUGGUCUCUGGACCGGGUUGGGGGCGUAACACAGGCAUAUAAACCCACCAGCUGCAGCCUUUAAAGCUCAGAUUCACAGUUAGUGAUGGUCAGGACACACAUGGUUGCCAGGACAACGAGCGUCAGGACUUCUGCAUCCUGAAGACAAACAGGACCAGUUUCUGACAGCAGCUGCAUCUGGAAUCCUGCAUGAAGUUGGUCAUGAUCAUGAGAAAACAUCAGAUUAAUUUGAGAGGAGAUAAUUAAAUCAAAGUAAUUGGCCUGAAAACGGGCUUCUGUUUCUGAGACCACUGAAGUUUGUUGUUUUGUGCUCUUAUUGUGUCGUGUCGGAAUUGUUCGAGCCAGGUAUAUUUUUUUUGCUAGCAGACGUUUUACUGCGAGCUCCUGCUUGUGCCCAAACGCAGGAUGUCGCUGUUAAAGCUGUGAUCCACUAUUUCUCGCAUCAGAUUGGUGUCGAUGUGCUUCCUUCUUGAUACAUGACAAUAAGCUGAUGUAUUAUCUGUGUUUGUGUGCAGUGGAUGAAGCUGUUCUGAAACACUGAAUAAAAUGAGGUUUUAACUGA